UCUCUACUGAAAAGAAAUGGCUCGUACUAAGCAAACUGCGCGAAAAUCUACUGGUGGCAAAGCGCCCCGUAAACAACUCGCUACCAAGGCAGCUCGGAAGAGCGCUCCGGCCACUGGCGGCGUGAAGAAGCCUCACCGCUACCGUCCCGGCACCGUGGCACUCCGAGAGAUCCGCCGCUAUCAGAAAUCCACCGAACUCCUUGUUCGAAAACUGCCUUUCCAGCGGCUGGUACGCGAGAUCGCGCAGGAUUUCAAGACCGACCUCCGCUUCCAGAGUUCGGCCGUGAUGGCCUUACAGGAGGCUAGCGAAGCCUACCUCGUGGGGCUCUUUGAGGAUACCAACCUUUGCGCCAUCCACGCCAAGCGGGUGACCAUCAUGCCCAAGGACAUCCAGCUGGCCCGUCGCAUCCGCGGGGAGAGGAGAUUCGUGUGUAAAGUAUUAAUUGUGACUUGGAAGCCCCUGAGCGGACCCCCUGCCCCAUCUGUCCUCAGGCACCGCCCCCUCUACGUCGACAUGGUGGUCCGUCUACCGUGCUGCGGCAGAGCUCACGUCAUCACCAGGCGCCGCAGACCUACCUGGGGGAAUGCACAAGCUGAUUCUGCAGUCAAGUUCGCUGCUUUAGAAGCUCCUAAACACGUAUUUAACCUCUCACCUUCUGAGGAUGUUCCUUUCAACCUAACUUAUGAUGAUUCAGAAAUGGAAAAAUGGAGAAAGACAUUCAAGGCAAAACAUAUCAAUGGUGUCUGGGUAUCUCUGGAAGUUGUCAUGGCUCGUACUAAGCAAACCGCGCGAAAAUCUACCGGCGGCAAAGCGCCCCGCAAACAGCUCGCUACCAAGGCAGCUCGGAAGAGCGCUCCUGCCACUGGCGGCGUGAAGAAGCCUCACCGCUACCGCCCCGGCACCGUGGCGCUGCGGGAGAUCCGCCGCUACCAGAAAUCUACCGAGCUGCUGAUCCGAAAGCUGCCCUUCCAGCGGCUGGUGCGUGAAAUCGCGCAGGACUUCAAGACCGACCUGCGUUUCCAGAGUUCGGCCGUGAUGGCCUUGCAGGAGGCUAGCGAAGCUUACCUCGUAGGGCUCUUUGAGGACACCAACUUGUGCGCCAUCCACGCCAAGCGGGUGACCAUCAUGCCCAAGGACAUCCAGCUGGCCCGCCGCAUCCGCGGGGAGAGAGCUUAA